AUGGCAACCAACAACUCUGACAGCAUCUCAUCAUUAUUAAACGCUUUGGAUGUUCAUUAUGAACGUUCUAGGAUAUAUUUAGGGUGGAAAGUUGGAUCAACUUUUAAUGCUUUUGAGAAAAAUAUCAGAAGUUGGACUACUAAUAGAGCGAUCAGUUUAGUCUUUAAUAAUGGGUUAAGGACCGUUGGGAAACAACACAGAUUUGGUGAUAAAAAUCUCAGAAGGCAAGUUUAUGGUUCGGAAAGUCAACAAAAUAUAUCGAACUAUGCAAGCAUUUAA